UCCUCGAGGGAGUUCUAAGCCCGUCGGUGUUGUUGUUAUAGUUGUUGUUUUGUAGUAGAAGCAGCAUUUGUUCUUCGGUUUUAUGUGAAGUGCGAAGUGUGCGGGAACUUCGGAAGGUAUCUCUAAGUGAACAUGAUGAUGAUGGACGUUGGGAUGUACGGCCACGGACAUCAUCACACUCAGCACGGAAAUGUCUACAACUCGUCGGAUGGUAACUUCUACAAUUACGCGAACGAAGCGGCUUCUUGCUCUCAAACGCCGCAGAUCACCUCCACCCAAUACGGGUACCAUUACGAAGACGGCGCCGCCACCUCGUACAACUACAACCAGGACGCCUCGGAAACGUCAUCCAGUCCUUACUACCCUCACCAAACCAUCCCGCAGGAGAAUCCCAUAAUAAGCACGGACACCGGUCUGAGCUACACCAAUUUGGACUACUCCAACUCCAACAGCUCUUCGGCUAUGUACCCGCCGAUGCCCAUCUAUCCACCAGAGACUUACCAAAGAACCCACGACUCGAUGCUGCGGCACCACGACGAGCUUGAUUACAUCCACGAGAACAAGUACGCUCCGCAUCAACUGGAUCACGAUCCUUACCAAUCCUGCAUGGAAUAUCCGCAUCAUCGCGGCUUCAAGGAGGAAUCCCCGCAACCGCCACCGCAGCAACAGCAGCAGCAGCAACAUCAUCAGCAGCAUCAGCAUCACAGACCGCAGGUUCUGCACCAGAUGCAACAGACCGCUCCGCAGCCACAGCCCGUCCUUCCCACCUACAAGUGGAUGCAGGUCAAACGCAACGUGCCGAAACCCGCAGGUCAGUGA